AGGAAUUCGGGGCGGCUGUGGACGCGCGGAGCAGCACUCGCCCGCUGGGACCCCACGUGAGGUAAGGCUGGGAGCCGGGGUGGGAUGUGGGACCCCACGAGGGGCUUUGCUGAUGGGGAUAGAGUGGGGUUGGCACCCUGAAAUGGCCCACCAGCCCUGGGAGGGUGGGGGUUUGGGGAGUGUGGUGGCAUCCUGUGGGUGAAGCUGUGUUGAGUGGACCCCCCCAAGGGAUGCUGUGGUUGUGGCAGGACUUGGGGAACCUCUGCUUUUCCCUGGGGAGCCCCAGGUCCUUCCCUGUGCUGUGCUGGGCUGUUGGAGGGCUGCUCUCUGUCUGCAGUGAUCCACCACUGUGCUGUCACAGGCAGGGGCUGCGAGCAAGGCUGGGUGCAGGGGAUGCCAGCUGCAGGGCCUGACUGCCCAAUGCAGGAACCAAGGGGAGUCUGGUGCAGAGCAUUGCAGGGAGCAGGAGGGGCUCCCUGCUGACCUCCACGCAACUCUGGGGGGGGUUUGCGAGAGGUCAGCAUAGGGAUGUGGGUCAUUGCUGUGUGCAGCAGUGUUCAGCUUCACCCUGUGCUUGCACCAGACAGAGCAGCAGUAAUGCAUCCAAACACAGCUGGGGCCACCCCUCUCCAGUCAUUGCUCUUAGUGGCCCUCCUGUCCCUGUGGGUCAGGCCGGCAUGCAGGGGACAUCUGCAAGCCCCACUCAGUGCCUGCACCCAUUCAGGGUGGGCCUCUCCAAGGGGCACAGGUGUGGGCAACCACUCAGCUGUCUGUGGGGCCUCCAACCCCAUCAGGUGGUGGUAGGUCUGAAGCAAAGCCUGGGGACAGGGGUCUGCAUGUCCUGCAGUGCUGUGACAGUCACGCCGGGACUUUUGGGGACACUGUGGGGAUGGGGCAUCCUGCUUCUGUGCUUAUCUGCCAACAGAGAGUGGAGCUGGGGGUGCAAAGGGAUAUUGUGCUGCUCCAUCUCUGCCCUGGAGCACCUGGGGCUUCUACUAAAGCAGCAGGCAAAGAGCUGAAAGCAGUGGGUUUUGGCACUAAGGGCUGCAGUUGGGAAGAAGCCACCAAAUGUCCUGGGUGCUUCCAGUGGGGUCCCACAGUUCUUAGUCCUGUGCAUCUCCCCAUGAGCGCAUGGGGAGAGGGGUGGUUGCAUCCUCAGGGAGGAGUAGUCUGGGAGCAGCAGCCCACCGUGCUUCAGGAGGAACUAUUAAAUGUCUGUACACGAUCUUGGGAGAGAAGAGCCCAGGCAGCUCGUGCUGUGGGAAAGGAUCUGGAGCUAUGCUGGACACAAAGCAGAUUGCAGCGCAGCAUGGGGAAACCAGCAGUGCUUCCUGUGGGACUGGAAGGAGCAGGGCUGGGGGCAGAGCCAGCACAGAGCAGUGCUGAGGGAUGGACACAGGGAAAGGCUUGGGGAGAGCACAGAGGGGGCUCGGAGCGUUCAGAAAAGGCAGAGAGGGUUGGGUGCUCACUGGGUGCUGGGGUGGUGGCAUGAAGUAUUCGUGCAUGGGGAGUGCAAAGAAAAAGGUCAGUGUGUAGGUGUGGGUUGGAAGAUUAACUUCUGGUGGGCAGGGUGCCUUCAGAACUACAGGUUUUGGGAGGUAAAUGCUUGAGGGGACGUGGGUGCUGCAGCAGGGCAGUGAUCUCCUUCAGGUUCCAGUUUGGUGGGUUCCCAAGGUAUCCAAAACAACAGCGUUACGGAGAGCACAGCAUCCCUGGGUCCAGGGCAAGAAGUGUCUGUGAGCACCAGAGAUUAGGAGAUGCUCUCUGGCAGCAGAUGCCAAAUUCCAGCAGGAGGGGUGCUGGAUGGCCACGCAUCUCCCUGUGUGCAGCAGUGAAGGGCAGGGAGCAGAGGAGUGGUGGUGGCCGAACACUGCUGGCUCACAGCCACUGCUGGUGGCAUUGGUGCUGCCUUUGGCCCAGAGCUGUGGACUCAGUGGGGAGAGGUGGGCUGGAUGCAUCCCGUCACUGUGAGGCUGGGGUGCUUUGGUGCAGUCUGUUUGUUUGUGCUUGAACUGAGGGGAAGAAAUCCCCUGGAGAGGAGCUGUGAGGGGAGGGUAUAGGUCAGGGAUUGUUCCCUGGGGGGCUGGAGUGGCUCCAGAAGGCUCCUUCCGCUCUGCCAGGCAGAUUGGAAAUAAUGAGGCUUGUUUUAGGGGUUGCUUAAUUAGGCUCCCCUGAGCCAAACGCACCUCUGCCCCGCUCCGCUCUGCAAGGACGGCCCUUCCUGGAAGUGCAGCACUUUCCUGGAGCAGAGCCGGCCGGGACAGGGAUGGGGACAGGGAUGGCCAGAGAGGCACUGGGACAGGUCAGGGGGGUCCCAUGGGUCUGUCCCUUUCCUGGCCUUGUAGCGGCGGAUGCUGGCGGUGAACGAUGUCCUUGGCCCUUACGCCCUGCCUUCUCCUCAUCCCUGGGACACAGGCUAUGGAACAACCUUGCCUACGUUUCAACAUUCCUCAUGAAAUCUCCCACAGAAAUGAUGCUGCCAAGCCAGCAGGAGGUGUGUGGUGCUGCUGCAAAGCAGGGAUAGAUAGGUGGGAGGUGCCUUCCCUGCUAAGGAAGGGGACUUUUCCAUGCGUCCCCUGCGAGCUACAGCAGGGAGCAGGGCCCCAUCCUGCUCUCCCUCUGCCUUCCCCCUCCUGGCCCGUCUGCCAUGCAAAGGAGGUUGUGACUGAAAUCUUAAUGCUACCGAGACACAGUAAUUGGCACCAAUUAAAUUGCUACAUUCAUGUUUGAAUUGCUUUAACUGGCGAGACACACUGUCUUAUUUAUACAAAAAAAUAUGUUUGCUUGUGGGUUUGUCUGAAUCGGGGCCAGCAGAAAAUAAACCAUUUCAAGCUCUGCUCUCUGAAAGCACAUUCUCCACUCGCAGACUGAAAGUCACCUCCGUUCCAGGGUUUGCCGAGCAAAUGGCUGCAGAACAGAACCCCUCUCUGCUCGGGGCACUCCUCGAGAGGGUCCUCUCCUCCCCUGCCAAGUUUCUCUCUGCAGUGUGGGAGCAGAUGGGGAGAAUCUGGUUGGAUUCGGGAAGGCAAACUCUGGACUUGGUGAUUUUUAAAGCCGGGUCUGGGGAGAGCAGGUGGUGGGUCUGUGGGGUUGAGGAGGUGUUUGUAGAGCGUCAGUGCGGAGAGGAGCUGUGGUUUUUCCUCUGUUGUUCUGUGGAGAUGGGGCCUGGCCCCGGCUUGCAGCACAGGGAGCUGGCAGCUCGUCCCUGCUUUGCAGCAAGGAGAGGGGAUGUGGCAUUGGGUCUGCGGCAGGGGGUGCGGGAUCAGCAGGGCUCUGCGUCAGGCCCCAUCCCUCACGUGUGCUGCUGCCUUCGGCACACCGGGUCCUGCGCCUCAUCCCCGACCGCAGAGCUGUCGCGUGGCUAAUCCCAGACACAAGAGCCUAAAACCCCAGAACAAAGCGAUUAAGCUCGGGUCCCUCGCAGGCAGCCGAGAAGAGAAGGGCCGAUGCAGCCAUGGGAAUUAUUUCCUCCUCCCUGGCAGCACCCGCAUCUCACAGACGUUUCCAGGCGAGUAUCAGGUUGCUCUCCCUUCGCAGGGACAUAGGGCUGGGGAUGCAGCAGUGCUGGGAGGCAGAACACGGGGGGAUAUCUCCAUCACCAUUGCUCUCCCCUUGAUUAGCAGUUAAUUAGAGCCAUCCAGGACCUUUGGCCCCAGCACAGCGGGGGACUCAGACGUGCAGGGGGCACCUACGUUAGCAAAGCACUUAGCUUUCCUUGCUGAAGGAAGACAGGGAGGAGAGCCAUGGGGUGCCCUCAUCCCUGCAUCCUCCCCUGAUCCUCUCCAGCCCUACACAGCUGGAAAAGCAUCAGGCAAGCGGGUGGGGACACCCCAAGGUGUCCCAGAUGUUACAGCCUGGGGACAGAGGGGACAGAUUCUCUCUGAGCAGCCACUACCCCAGGUUUUGCUGCGUGGUUGGAGCCAUCUUUUCCUGGAGCUGGCAGUGAAGUGAUGCCGGGAGCUGUGUGGGUGCUGCCCUGUGGGCUGGGGGCACUGCACCCGCGCUUGUUACUCACAUUGCUCAUGGUGUUUGCUCCCUAAGAUGUCUUUACUGUCAGGGAUGAUGGAGGAGUUGGAGGAUGACUGUGGGCAGCUCGGUGGAGAGGGGCACCGUGGAAGCGUGAAACGCUCCCAGGAGGCACAUUUGUACCCCUGGGGGGGGUCACUGCCUGCAGGGAGUGAACUCUGGGGCUCAGCACAUCCUACCGCCCACACGAGCAUCUCACAUUGUGUGCAAUGCCACAGCUUGGUCCAGGUGACCAAAAGGGACGAAGAGCAAGGCCCCCCAUCCCUCCUUCCUGACCACAAGUGAGCUCCUUGCUCCCUUCCCAGGGUUUUCCCACAGCCUGCGCCAGGUCUGUUGGCUCCGGGGAGCAGCCCCGUGCCCGGCCUUCUUUCCACCAGCGGAAGCGGGGGGAGCGUGCGCAACCCAAAGGGCCACGAAUACCAACACUCAAGGCUGGGGGGAUUAUUUAUAACGCUGGCCCCGCUCCAAACAGAUGUUUCAUUUUAUUUUGAACUCGCGCUAGAUGGGUCACUCAUUUCCUCUGUCUCCCGUGGGCUUAAACCAGAGGGGGAAAGAGGGGGGGAUUAGGGCUGAGCAUCCCUUGGCGUCACCGGCACGGGGGUGAAGCGUCAGGACCACGUUUGCAUCUGCAAGCUGAUGUGCAAAAGGAGGUUUAUGCUCCAGGGAUGGCCCGUGGGACCCCGAGGGCUUCCCGGUCCCCGCAGUUUCAGAUUUCCAACCUCUGUGUUUUAUCAUUGGCUGUUUACAGGCUGGGGACGACGGGCUCCCCAUGUGCGCGCUGCCUAAUUCUAGCCAUGUGCUGGGAAAAAAAAGGGCUCUGUGAUGAUAAUCUGGCCUGAUUGGGCCACUGGGCCGUGGAGCCCACCAUGCUCUGUCCCUCUCUGAAGGCAUCUCUGCAGCUCCUCAUCCUCACUGGUCUGCUGGAGGUAACGUCUGGAGGCAGCGGGCUGCACAUCGAACCUGAAGAUGCUGAGCUCGUCCUUAGGCUCCACAGCACUUUCUCCCUCGUGUGCUAUGGGGACGGCACGCUGGUCUGGGAGCGGGAUGGUCAGCCUCUCACUGCCGUGCUGGAGCACAGGGACGGGGUCUUCAUCAGCAACCUCACCCUCAGGAACGUGACAGGCCGUCACACGGGGGAGUAUGCGUGCUUCUACAGCCCUGACCAGGCUCCGGAGCGAGCAGAGAGGAAAGCCCUUUACAUCUAUGUUCCAGAUCCCUCCUUAGUUUUUCUCCCCGCAAUCACUUCUGAAGAGUUCUUCAUCUUCAUCACGGGCUACACAGAGGCCACCAUCCCAUGCCGUGUGACCAACCCAGAGCUGCAGGUGACCCUCUAUGAAAAGAAAGUGGAGAAUCCCAUUCCAGCUACUUAUGACCCACAACAGGGCUUCAAAGGCUUCUUUGAGGACAAGACCUACUACUGCCAGGCAAUCGUGGAUGACCAAGAGGUGGAUUCAGACACCUUCUAUGUCUACCGGAUCCAGGUCUCAUCUGUGAACGUCUCCAUCAGCGCAGUGCAGACCGUAGUGCGGCAGGGAGAAAAUGUUACCCUGAUGUGCACUGUCAGUGGCAAUGAGCUGGUCAAUUUCAACUGGGAUUAUCCCCGCAAGCAGGCAGGGAAGGCUGUGGAGCCAGUGACCGAUUUCCUGCCUGGAUCCACCCAUGACAUCCGUUCCAUCCUCAUCAUCCAGAAUGCAGAGCUAGAGGACAGUGGGACCUACGUCUGCAAUGUCUCUGAGGGCUACCAUGAGAAGACAGACCGGAAAGACAUCACGGUCCAAGUGAUCGAGCGUGGCUUUGUACGCUUCCACACCCACCUGGCCAGCACGGUGUAUGCUGAGGUCCACAAGAGCCACAUCAUCCAGGUGGAUGUGGAGGCCUACCCACAGCCAAACAUUGUGUGGCUGAAGAACAACAAGACAUUGACCAUGGAGAGCAGCAGCGAGUUCACCAUCACCAACAGGAACCUGUCAGAAACCAGGUAUCAGACGUCUCUGGUCCUGGUGCGUGUGAAGCAGGAGGAAGGAGGAUAUUACACCAUCCGAGCUUCCAAUGAGGAUGAUGCACAAGAGCUGUCCUUCCAUCUGCAGAUAAAUGUGCCAGCCAAAGUGGUGGAUCUCAAGGAAAACAGCAGUGCCAGCAGCGGGGAGCAGACUGUAACGUGCUCUGCUGAAGGGAUGCCCCAGCCAGAGAUCAGUUGGUCCACUUGCAGCAACAUCAAAUGGUGUGGCAGCCAGGGGCAACCCACCCAGCUGCUGGGGAACAACUCUGCAGAGAUUGGCCUGCACACUAAUGCUACGUACCAUGCAGAGCUGCAGGUGUACCGUGUGAACAGCACCCUGCAGCUGCACAGGGUGGAUGAACCCCUGCUUCUGAGAUGCACCGUGCAAAACUUCCUGGGCUCCAACUCCCAAGACAUCACUCUGGUCCCAAAUGCCUUGCCAUUCAAAGUGGUCAUCAUCUCCGUCAUCCUGGCUCUGCUGGUCCUCACCGUCAUCUCCCUGAUCAUCCUGAUCAUCCUGUGGCAGAAGAAACCUCGCUAUGAGAUCCGCUGGAAGGUGAUCGAGUCAGUGAGCUCCGAUGGGCACGAGUACAUCUACGUGGAUCCCAUGCAGCUCCCUUAUGACUCCAGCUGGGAGGUGCCCAGGGACAAGCUGGUGUUAGGACGCACUCUUGGCUCCGGUGCCUUUGGACGCGUGGUGGAGGCAACAGCGCAUGGCCUGAGCCAUUCACAGUCCACCAUGAAAGUGGCAGUCAAGAUGCUCAAGUCCACUGCACGGAGCAGUGAGAAGCAAGCCCUCAUGUCUGAGCUGAAGAUCAUGAGCCACCUGGGACCUCACCUCAACAUCGUCAACUUGCUGGGGGCCUGCACCAAAGGAGGGCCCAUCUAUAUCAUCACCGAGUACUGCCGUUAUGGGGACCUGGUGGACUACCUGCACCGCAACAAGCACACCUUCCUGCAGUCCUAUGGCGAGAAGGCCCGCCGGGAGGCAGAGCUGUAUGGGAAUACCAUCAAGGAGGACCACGUGCAGAGUCACCUCUCCUUGUCUGUCGAGAGUGAUGGGGGCUACAUGGACAUGAGCAAGGAUGAGUCUCUGGAUUACGUGCCCAUGUCUGACAUGAAGGGUGAAGUCAAGUAUGCUGACAUCGAGUCUUCUAACUAUGGCACCCCAUAUGAGCUGGACAGCUAUUCCCCAUCAGCUCCGGAAAGAACAGACCGGGUGACACUGAUAAAUGAAUCUCCACUCCUCAGCUACAUGGACUUGGUGGGCUUCAGCUUCCAGGUGGCCAAUGGGAUGGAGUUCCUGGCUUCCAAAAAUUGUGUGCAUCGUGACCUGGCUGCCAGGAACGUCCUCAUCUGCGAGGGGAAGCUGGUGAAGAUCUGUGACUUUGGUCUGGCAAGAGACAUCAUGAGGGAUUCCAACUACAUCUCCAAAGGCAGUACCUUCUUGCCCCUUAAGUGGAUGGCCCCAGAGAGCAUCUUCAACAACCUCUACACCACCCUAAGUGAUGUGUGGUCCUUUGGGAUUCUUCUCUGGGAGAUAUUCACUCUAGGAGGGACUCCCUACCCUGAACUGCCUAUGAACGAACAGUUCUACAAUGCCAUCAAACGUGGCUAUCGGAUGUCCAAACCUACCCAUGCUUCUGAUGAAAUCUACGAUAUCAUGCAGAAGUGCUGGGAGGAGAAGUUUGAGAUCAGACCGUCCUUCUCACAGCUGGUGGUGCUUAUGGGAAACCUCUUGGUGGACUGCUACAGAAAGAGGUACCAACAGGUAGAUGAAGAGUUCAUGAAGAGCGACCACCCCGCUGUUGUUCGCACAAGACCCACCAUCCCCGGGCUGAACAACGCCAGGCUCCCUCCCAGCUCCCCCACCCUCUACACGGCUGUGCACCAGAACGGGGGAGAGAACGACUACAUCAUCCCUCUUCCUGACCCCAAGCCUGAUGCAAUCUGUGACCUCCCUCAGGAGGCCUCCGUCAGCCGUGCCAGCUCUAUGCUGAAUGAAGCCAACACAUCAUCUACAAUAUCCUGUGACAGCCCCCUGGGCCCCCGGCAGGACGAGGAGCCAGAAUGUGACCUGCAGCUGGGCUGCCAGGAGCUGGCCCCGGGUCACCACGAGGUGGAGGAGAGCUUUCUGUAGGCAGAGCUGGGCUGAGGGCAUCUCCCCAUGGCGAGGCCAGGUGUGGGGCUGAGCCAGGCGUCGCAGAGAACCAUGCUUUUGUGCUUGUUCACUGGGACAUCCCUGCUUGUCCCGGCAUUCCUCCCUCUCUCCCAUCUGCCAGAGUCAGGCGGGGAAUCAGAGACAUUUCCCCUGUUGCCAUCCCCCUUCCCUCCUCACGAAGAGGUGGCUCAGUGCCAGCAUCUUCCAGAUCACUGCCACAUCCUCCUCGGCGAUCAAACCGCUGUGGGAAGGAGACAUCUCACAGACCAACGUCUUCUUCUUAAGUGGAAGGCGUGGGUUAAAUCUCCACAAGAGACACCACUUUCCACGUUGGUAAGAUGCUCCAGCCUCUUCCCCUUCCACGCUCUUUAGAUGGCAAUGAGUUCCAGCUCCUCGGCACCAGCACUUCCCUGAUGGUCUCAGCACCAACCACACCGUGGUUCUGCGAAAUGCCACCAGGACAGUUUCCUUGGAACCCAUUGCUGGGGGAGUAGAGAAGCUGCAAUACCCAACUCCAGCUGUUGGGUGGAUUCUUCUCCAAGCACAGCCGGGGCCUGGAAAGACCAGCCAGCGCCCCACAGAUACUGAAUCACCAUUUUCCUAUCCUGACUCUCCAGUGGAUAGAGCAUUGCAAACUCUACAGGUACCCGUGGCUCUGGGGCACAGCUCUGCCCUCCCACCCGGAGCCAUCCUGUGCCCAGCCAGGAGUCCCAAGGGCCAGGAACACAAAAUGCUCUCACAAUGACUGUUGUAGUAGCAAAGAGGGCAGUCCAGUGUUGUUGUUGUCUGCGUGGGCGCUAAGCUAAUUAUUCUCCGAUGAUGAUUUAAAGGGAACAAAUAUGUUAAUCCACUAGCCAGGGCCAGUAUAAGGAAGCGAUAUAGCUACUCAUUAAUCUACUGCCAUUAAGCCGAGAUAAUCUGCUGGGAAAUCGUAUAACCCUAUGGCUGCAAAACUCUUAUGUCUUAUCUUUGGGAAACAAGGGCUCCCUUGUGAAAGACGGUUCACCCAAACACCAUCUUUCUCAGGAUGGUGGGUCUCACCAGUCCCUCCUGAGUCAUAGCAAGACUGGGGAGCAAUAAGGAUGCCAGAACACCAGCCCAGGGACAUCUCAAAAGGCAGAGAGGGGGAGAGGCUGGGAAGCUGUUUGCCAUGACACCUUGCACCUGUCUGGGCACUGGGCACAGCCACUCAGCCUGCCAGGGCUAGAAAAGCUACACCCCAAAACUACAGCUCUGACACCACAGAAAUUGACAGGGGUUUUUUUUGUUUUUUUUUUUUUUUUUCCCAAAAGGAGAAGUUUUGCCUUGCAGAGCUCUGCAGCAUGCCCCCCACUCCCAUUAACCCCUGUGCUGCCCUACCCGUGCCCAUUUCUCUGUGCAUCCCACAGAUCCUGCACAGGCAAAUUUGAAAAUUCAGUCAGCGCCUUUUGGGUUUCAGCCACCCCAAAGGCACUGAUUUUUUUUUCUUUUAAUCUGAUAUUUCUGCCAUAUAUAUAUAUAUAUAUAUAUAUAUAUAUAUAUAUAUACACACCAAUCAGCAAACCAGGUUCUGUCUUACGUUGUGUUAUGACUGAGAUGCUGCCAUUUGUGCAAUUAGGAGAUAGGAGAUUGUGCAAUUAGGAGUAGAUAUUUUCUAGGUUGAUGCCCUUGGUAAAAUGUGAACCCAAGGAAAAGCAUUUUUAUUGGCAGCCAGGGGAGGAGUAUUUCAGUCCUUGUGGUCAGAUUCCCCAUCAUCUGUGGGAAACACACUGUGAACGACAACUGUUUUCCACACUAGAUUCUCCUGACCGUAAUGAAGGAGCCAUCUUCUGUGGAUCAUUUCUGGAACCAAACUGUGGAGAAGCGAUAAUCUCUGAGCUCCUUGGGGUCAGACCACUGUAUUUUUCUAACAUGCAAGGUGCUUGGUAGGAUGCAUGUCACUGCAACUUGAGCCCAUAGGAUGGCACAUCUGAUCACUCCUGCCCACAUCAGCUCUGUUUUUACUUUGUCUUUCUCCGCCAAGUGUGACCAGAAGUAUCCAGUACUCCAGGUCGGGUCAAGUCUAGACCUCACACAGGGCAUUAAUACCUUCUGGUCUGUCCUGGAUUUGUCUUGCCUGGUGUAGCUUUGGGUAAUGCUGCCCUUUUCCAAGCCACAACAUAGCGGUAGUUUGGAGUCAUCCCCUAACCGACCUUAACACCUACAUCUUUCUACUCUUCCAGCAUUUCUAACCAAAAUACUCCCUGCUGUUCCAGACGUUCGGUCAUCAGCACGUUUCAUUAACAAACUGUUAUUUUUGGGCUGGAUCAACUAAUAAAAACAUUCAGUACUUCAGGCAUCAAGAGCAACCCUAGAGAGCUACUUUUACUACCUCCAUCCAGCCCAAAGAUUCUCCUAUCAAUAAAACCCUUCUCACCCUCCCUUUGGCCAUUCGCUUUAUUUCACAAAACCUGUGCUAAGCCCAUCUUGUAUAGAUGAAUUACUCAUUUCCCGCUAUUAAACACUAUUCCACAGUCCUGAAAGAGGACAUCUAAUUCUUGUCCCUGAUGGGGAAUCUCAGGUAUCCCAUCCUAUUAGCUGGGCAUUAGCUACACUUGGAUGCCUAUUGCAUUUUAUCCCAUAAGUACAUUCAUUUUAAUUAUUCUUAACAUCAAAACCCAUUCUGGCUGUUUAAGGGAUCGGAUUUGUCACCAAAACUCAUCUCCUUCUUCAGGUACGCCCCAAUGGUACCAUCCCCUUCUCUAGAGAGGUGUGACCAAAUAGUUGCCAUUGGCCCUGUGAUGCCAAGGGCCAGCUCUCGCAACUGUGGUACUUUCCCAUCCUUACUCGACUAUUCCCACCACCCUGCCAAUGUAGUUUGCAAAGCAAGCCUGCAGCCCAAGCUGGGAAAUCUCUCCUCAAAGAUGGCUUAGGAAGGGUGAGCUCACCCCACGUGGGGACCUGGCUCCAGCCCCCAUUCCCUCUCUCUGCUGCCAACGCUCCAGUCCUGGCGUGACCCAGAGGAACGGGGUCAGCAGAAACGUUGGCUGUUCUGAGCCCAGCAGUUUUGCAGCCAUGGUUUCUCCGGUGAGGUUCUGAAGGGAACCGGUCCCUCCGGGUUUUUACUUUUGACCAUCAGUCAUUUUGUUUGGAUGUGUUUUCGUGUUUAGAGGUAGACUCAAACUGGGUGCCCCCCCCGCCCCCCCCCAAAGGGAGACGUGCCACAGCUUGGGCCCAUCUCUAGUGCAAUAUCUUUUAUUUGUAGAUUAUAUUUUACUCUGCAGCUGUCAAUUGUUAUCAGCACCAAUAUACGCAUAAUCCUACUGCCAGACACUAUUUCAUAGGUACCUAAGUGUAUCCCAGAAACUAAUGCAACACUCCAGAGUCUCUUUCUGUGUUUAAGAUGCUUCUCAGACUGACGUGUGCACAGGUUCUAAGCCUUCUGUCCUUCUCGGUUUGAGCGUGUUGUUACUUUUCUAAAGUGAGAGUGUCACGUUUAGUGUUUGUUUGUGUUGUGUUAAGAAUCCUAGAGCACAGCGGACUUUAAUGUAACUCAGUUGUCUCUGUUCACCUGUCAGUAGGACUGUGGUGGAGCCCCACAGCGUGGGAGGCAGAAGUGCAGUGCAGACGUGCAGCCAGGGGAAGUGGGCCAGAAGGGAGAAAUGGCUCUUCCCCUUCUUCCCAGCCAGGGCUCGGGGCCGGGGUGGGCAGCACCACAGGCACAGGGCUCUGGGUUUGGCCUGUAGGAAAGCCUGAAGUCUGCGUGUGUAAAGCUGGGCAGAUCUGAAGAAGGGGAUUCACGCCGUCACUCCGCAGCAUCUCUGAACUGCACAGCACCUGCCUCCACGCCAUCUGCCAGAAACCACCCCGGGGCAAGGGGAAAAAACAGAGUUCAGACUAAGGUACCAAAGAGUUAACAUUUUCCUAGGUUUACAGACGUAUUUGUAGGACUUGUACUAUGUCACAUCUAUAGCCACGAGAUAUUAUUUUUAUGCUGUAAACUUUUACAAAUACAUUUUUAAAGAAAGAGUUUAAAAAUAAAGGUGUUUUUCUUUUUGCA